AUGUUCCUUUCCCAAAGCCUCGCGUCAGCCUGGGAGCUCACGUUUUUCCAGGUCCCACUCAUCAUCUCCUCGUGGCUAGGCAGCAAUGCGACCCCGCGCGUCCAUCAGUUCCUGCUCGACACGGGUCAUCCGUGGCUCACCAACCACGCCCGCGAGCUCUGCAGACUCCCGGACGCGGCAUCGUUUACCUGCACACUCCCUACCGGCGAUGCUCAAUCUAAAGAUGGCGACGGCGUUGUGGUAAACGACAAGACCGCGAAGUUGCGCGAGUGCCUUGAGAUGCCGGCGGAUCUGUUUCACCGGCUCGAAAUCAGAAACAUCCGCGUCGGCGUGAGCCGCUACGGCUGGAAGAAUGCUCGCGACAGACUCAAUGAGAUCAAGGCGUGCCCGAGAGCACUCGCUGAAGCCCGUGAGUUGACGGCGGAUGUAUAUGUCCAUACCGGAAUGGGGUGGCAGACCAUGGGUGAUACGUGGGACACCCUAACCGCGGAAUCGACGCUUCCCCCAAAGUCCUUACCGGCGCUGUUUUUCGACGUCAUGGGGAAGACGAAGAAUUUGAGCAAGAUCGAAUGGAUGGUAAGGGGCGUCGACGAGAAUGCGGCCACCGGCAGGGCCUUUAUCGGGGACGGGACACGGUUGCCUGGUGUGAAGCACCUUGUCUCGACCAUGAAUGCGCCGUGGAUAGUCGGCGCUUGUCCUUCACUGACCUCUCUCGAAGCGAAACGCGAUGAUUUUGUCUGGGGAGAAGCUGCGCAUAAGAGGGAUGUGGCCUGGUUCGCUGCCGCAGGGAGACUCAAAGGCCUGAGGAAGCUUGAUACGGGAGAAGUCGAGUGGACGGGCACGAAGACGGAUUGCGUACUUCGAGAUACCCCUCACAUUGAAGGGCUCCAUAUAGACCUUGAGACAACGGAGUUGGCUGGGAAGAUUGUUCGGCAGGAGUUCCCGGGGUUGCAUGGAGUCCACGUCGGUGGGUUCUGCGGGAACUUCACAACGGAUGCUGAGGCAGAGCAGGUCAUUACCUGGGGUUGGACUGGGAGGAUAUACGAGUGGUUGGACGAGAAGCAGAUGGCUGUCAAUUUUACCGAGGAGCCUUGA